AUGAAAUUCGCGUCCUUCCCAAAUAUCUUCACUACUCGGGGAGGCGCCCAGUCGCGUGUUGAAGACAUUGAAUCGCGGGUGCCAACACGCCUUACGACUGAUCCCAUGGACGACUUCUUCGGUGCCCACAAAGGCAUUUCCAAGUCUGGCAAUCACCAAGGCAGACAUGUAACGCCCUCAACCCCUACAAAGGACAUCGCGCUACCGCCGCCCGCAUACGCGUACUCGCUUCCAAACAGUUGCCGCAAUGACACUCUGGUAGAUGCCCGUGAACCACCGAGCUACACGCAGCAGAGGAUCUCAUAUGAACCGGUCACCUUAGCUCAAUAUAUGUUCAAAUUUGGUUUCAUUUUUCCACCACUGUGGUUUCUGUCGAUUUUCAUACUCAUAAUGCCCCUCACUGCGCCUCCUGACUGGGAGCUGAACAAGACAAUUGCGGAGCGUCAAGCACUGCUCGAUGCGAUGCGCAACGCCGAGCGCAAAUGGGCAUGGAGGAGCGUCACUGUAGCUAGUUUGUUGAGCGCGGUAAUCAUCAUCAUCGUUGUUAUUGUCGUCUCGGUCGCACGUUAA